GGCAGCAGCGUGCCGUGAGCUCUCCGGCCUGCUGACAUUGUAACCGUAGAAGAAGAAGAGAGCGAGAACACACGAAGAAGAAAUCAGUUGAUCCUCGUGAAGCGGGAACUGACAGCUCACAGCAUGGAGAGUGAGCUGCCAUCCCCGGUGGUCCGAGAUGAUGAGGUGACCAUAGCUGCCCGCAGGAGGAGGAAAAAGGUGGCCUUCCCGUCCCCAGGUAGCGGCAGUCCCAUCUUGUCCACAGUGACGCCAGCCCGCUCCCUGAGGAACACUCCAGCUUCACUGUACAGACAAGCUGUUACUCCCAGGGUUCCUGAUGUUUCCGCCAUCUUGGCUCCAGGAGCUCGAACACCUCGAUACACACACACACCCAGGAUAGGACUCAGCAGCAUGAAUUUGGACGACAGUGAUUGGACCAACAGCAUGUACACGUCUCCUGUGUCUGGAAUGGAGAACACCAGCUUCUUCACAGAAGACAUCGCUAACCUGAGCUCUGCCCUGCUGAAGGAGGAUGACCCGGGCGAGGCUGCUGCUGCCAGUCUGUUCCCAGAGUUCCUUGGUUCCUUUCUGAAGCACUCCUCCUCUGCUGUGUUUGAGCUGCUGGAGGAUUUCCAGAAUCUCUGUCAGGACAAGGUGGACGUUCUGCAGUCUCUGGUCCUCAGGGCGGGUCAGAACAGCAAGACAGCUGGAGUGCGCUGGCUGCUGCUGCAGGAGAGCUGCUCCUGGAGACUCAUCACCUCACUGUACAGGGAUCGAGUCCAGUUAGCAAUGGAAGAUGACAUGAUGACAGACAUGGUGGUUCCCAGUGAGAGCGAGAAGGUCGUGGUGGAGCAGCUUUUUCAGCGGGAUUCUGUGAUACGACAGAGUCAGCUGGUCGUUGAUUGGCUGGAGAGCAUCGCCAAGGAUCAGAUCGGAGACUUCUCAGAUAAUAUCGAAUACUACGCCAAAAACGUCUGCUGGGAGAACACCCUCCACGCGCUGAAGGUGAGGAGGAAGAGUGGCUCCGUCCUCACCGUUCCUCUGGUCACUGAGCUGGAUCCAGAUGCCCCUCUCAGGCAGCAGCGCCCCCUCGCCGACCUGGACCGAGAGGACGAUGCCCGGCUGCUGAAGAAUCUGUUCAUGCUGAUCAGAGCGGGGAUGACCGAGGAGGCUCAGAGGCUGUGUAAGCGCUGUGGUCAGGCCUGGAGAGCAGCAACUCUGGAAGGCUGGAAGCUCUACCAUGAUCCCAACAUGAACUCAGGCAGUAUAGAGCUGUCGCCUGUUGAAGGAAACCCUCAAAGAGGAAUCUGGAAGGCCUGCUGCUGGAGAAUGGCUGAGGAGGAGCAGCUGAACAGAUACGAGAGAGCGAUCUACGCCGGCCUAAGUGGAAACCUCAAACCGCUCCUGGCAGUGUGUGAAUCCUGGGAGGACUGUGUGUGGGCGCACUUCAGAGUGAUGGUGGACUCGCUGGUUGAGAAGGAUCUGAUGUCGUCGGGUAUGGCUCACCAGGAAGUGGAGACGCUGCCACGAGAAUACCUGGAGGCAAAUUGGAACAUGGAAAAAGUGUUCGAGGAGCUUCAGGCCUCAGAAUCAAAGAGGGUGUUGGAGGAGACAAAAGAACACUACCACGUCAUCCAGAAGUUUGUCAUCCUGGGAGACCUCGAUGGUCUGAUGGAUGAGUUUUCUGAUUGGUUGGAUGCCUCUAAGCCCCUCCCUUCUCACCUGCUGCGUUUCAUGACUCAUCUGUUGCUGUUUUUCCGCUCUCUGGGUCUCGCGCUGAAGGAGGAGGUCUGUGUGGAUGUAUUGAAGGCGUACGUCUCACUCCUGAUUCGGGAUCAACAUAUCGACCUCGUGGCAAACUACGUGAGCCAGCUACCAUCCGAGCUCGCCACCGCCCAGUACGCAGCUUUCCUGGAGACCGUCAACCAGCCGGAGCUCCGCCCACGCUGCCUGCAGCUCGCCACAAACGCCGGUCUGGAUGUUGCUACGAUUACUAAGCUGGUGGUGGAGACGGUGAGGGAGACGGACGAAACAGAGUUCACACAUCACAGCCAGACGCUGGAGACGGCAACUACGAAGGAGGACCUAAGGAAGAUCGAUGUCAUUGAUUGGCUGCUGUUUGACCCCGCCCAUCGAGCCGAGGCUUUGAAACAGUCCAACGCCAUCAUGAGGAAGUUUCUGGCCCUGCAGAAACAUGAUGCAGCCAAGGCAGUGUUCUCUAAAGUCCCCGAGGACUCCAUGAAGGAGAUCUACCUCCUGUGGUCAGGAGUCGGUCAGACCACGCCGCCGCCUGCUGAGGACGAGAACGCCAUCAGAGAACACCUGUGUAUCAGAGCCUACCUGGAAGCCCACGAGGCGUUCACUGAAUGGUUCAGCCACAGCAGCUCUGCACCCCAGAAACCAGCGCCCGCCCCUGAGGCCAAAUUCACCGAGAGGGUGGCCAAUGAGAUGAGAGAGAAGGAGUACCAGUCCUCCCUGUCCGCCUGGUCAGCUCGUCUGGACGUUCUGACGGUAGACGUGAAGGAGAGAAUCUACAACGUGCUGCUGUUCGUAGACGGAGGAUGGAUGAUCGACAACAGACAGGACUCCGAGCCGGACUCUGAGCGCAGCCACCAGAUGGCAGCGUUACGAUCUCUGUGCCUGCCUCGCCUCAGCUUCUUGCUGCUCAGCGUGCUGCAGAACUCCUCCAGACACCAGGAGGCGCUGCGACUCGCCGACAUCAUCUCAUCCGACCAACACCGCCUUUACCAGGUUUUCUCUAAAGAGGAACUCAGGAGGUUCCUGCAGAAGUUGAGGGAGUCGUCGCUCGCUCUGUUGGACCGAGGACUCGACCCCCUGGGCUACGAGUUACAGUCCUGAACCUCAGAAUAAACACACUCACCUUCACACAGA